ACCAUGCUUACUUUAGUUGCCUCUUUCUCGGCACCGGGUCUGUUCUUCCUUGCUUUUCUCCGUUUAGCACGUUUCUCGGCUCUGUGCUUGUGGCUGGCAUGCCAGCAAAACUGGCUCAACAGUUGCAGCAGAGUUGCAUGCAUUUGAAUUCUGUGUUCCUAUUGACGCUCAACAACGCAAAGGGGGAAUUAUCUGAAAAGGAUGCAAACAGACGAAAUGGCGCACUUUUCCCUUGGUGGUUGAGAGACAUUGGGGGACACAGAGUCGUCAGUGACGCCGCUUGCAGAAGAGAGAGGCGGUCAACGUGUGCAGCGCAAGUCGGUUGCCGCACCCUUUGUCGUGAAUGCUUGAAAACGAACAACCACCGCUUUUUGUAUGUCUUUUUUCUGGUACCGCCAUUGUGUCUCGUGAUGUCUCUCAACAAGGAGGUUGGGAUGUGACAGAGUGGGUGCUGUCUUGUACUCGCCAUUUUCAUCACUGCACGUGGGUCUUUGACUGAGCUACCUCCAAGGUGACUUCUCUAAUCGGGGUAGAAAGUAUCUACAUUGUAAAACGGAAAGCACCAGGUGAAAUAUGCCUGCAGGCGGUUGAAGGAACAGUUUUGCGCCUUCGUAAGAGGGUACGCUGUCGCGGGCGAUGCCUGUGUAUACAAAGCGUCUCUGUCCGGAAACGCAGAAAAUCGAGGAAAAAAGAAAAUGGAAAGCUGCUCAGGAUGUCGAUCAGAUUUCUAUCCAUCUGCACACAUGCAGGAUCAGGAACGGAGUGAGGGUACUCCUGCAGAAGAGGCUCCUCUGGUCACAUAUUGUCUCGACCCGUUGCGUCCCGAUAUUCACGUCACGAUCGGGCUUUGUGUCGGCGUCACAAACGGUGCAGAAGUGUUUGAAGAAAGCAUCCGGAGAUCGCCGGGAGCAACGGAAGGGGUGACGAGCGAUGUCGGCAUUUCAGUGCGAACUUCACGUGACCGCACGGAACAGAGGAAAACGGGGGAAAGAGGUGACCACACUUCUGCUGUGAGUGGCGAUUCAACUGGGUUUUCAGACAGAUCACCCCUUCCCUUUUCUUGUUGGCUGUGCAUGAAUCCUGCCUCACUGGUUAGCGUGGACCAGAUUCUCCUAGGCGUGUUACGUGCAGUUGAGCAUUUCGAGGAAGGGAGCAUGAAGACGAAUGACGUGAAGAAAGAGAUUCUGUACUGUGCAUCACCAAGCCGAAACAUUGCCCAGGCGCUGCAGCACCUAGGCUUGCAGCCUGACAUGCGCGAGCUUGUGCUUGUUAUGGUUCAAAUGAGUGAAGAACAACAGAGAAGUACAUGCUCGCGGAUUAAAGGAGCGUGGCUGGGACUCGCUCAUAUGUCAGAGUUGCGUGAUGCAAAAAGAAUCAGCAGUUUCAUACAUUGCACCAGUGAUGAGGAAAAGUUGCCUGGCGGACUGGAGGCUGCCGUGAUGGGCAGGAUUGCGUGCAAAUACAUUUGAAAGCGUGUGGCUUCGAACUCCCAAUAUUGACUCACAGACAGCACAGCGUGGGCUGACUUGUAACGGAUUGUUUUUGAAAUCCUGCAGUACAUUACGUCGGGGGUUCGACAGGGAAAGUGACUGAAUCCCGAAUUUCCCUCCUCAUAUUCAAAAGUAAUUAUACUAAAAAUGCC